AUGACAAUUCCCGCCGAUAUUCUUGCUGCAGAUGCAGCAGGGUCCAUACCUGAUGGAGUCUCUCUUUCAUAUCUCGCACAGUCCCGCGAUAAAUCUGCCAUUGUGGGCAUCAUUUUCAUGGUCUGCUUGACUGGGGCGCUCGUGCUUCUGCGUCUUUAUGCGCGGUUGUUUCUAGUCAAACAGCUUGGCCUCGACGAUGCGCUAGCGGUUCUAACAAUCCUGUUUUACAUCACUCUGGUUGCCCUCUCUAUCGUCCUGAUCAACUUGGGAAGUGGCCGUCACAUCGAAUAUAUCCAAUAUGUCCUUCCAAUGUCGACCGUCCGCCAAACUGAAGUCCUCGAUUUCGUCGCACACAUCAUCUACACAACAGCCCUUUUCCUUUGUCGUCUCUCCGGUCUGGCCUUCUACUACCGACUCUCCGCGCGCUAUGGCAAGCUACACACAAGCGUCCUAAUUGCCGCUCCAUUCCUCUUCGCCGCAUACCUCCCUCAAAUCUUCCUUUUGAUCUUCCACUGUCGACCUGUUACCGGUUUGUGGCCGUACGCAUGGCAAUCCGAACCCAUCGACUACAAGUGUCUCUCAUGGGGAUUGGUUUACUCCGUCAAUUCGGGCGUCUCACUCGCCUGCGACGUGAUGAUGUUCAUCAUUCCAGCCAUUCUGAUCAAACAACUCCACGUCUCCAAGAGGAACAAGAUCAAGCUCUCGCUGGUCAUGUUCCCCGGUGUCUUUGUCAUCGUCAUCUCAGCAAUCCGCAUCUGGCUUGUCGUCAAAGGCCAAUGGGCCUCCGACGGCAGCUGGGCCUACAAUCCCAUGCUGUGCGUCGAAAACGCCGAGGUCGCCAGCACUCUGAUCGCACUCUCGGUCCCUGCAUUAAAGCCCGUCUUCGGAAACCUUUUCGCCCAUCUGACCGAGUACACAUCCAGCCAUACCCGAUCGCGAUCCGCAGGAGGACGACUCCGGACUCUCUCCAAGCCCAUGAGUGGAGUUGGUUCCAACGCGCGCGACGAUCGGCGACUGCUGAACUGGUCGAAGACUGGCAAUGAUGAUUACGAAAUGAUGCCGUCGGAAGUCUCGGUCUCCCGCGAUGCGCCUGGUACUACCAAUCCGUAUAAGUCGCCUGGUAUCAAGGUGACCAAUGAGAUCGAUGUUUCGCGAGGGUCGGAGAGGCCGCCUUCAUCGCAGCAGACUUCUCGUCCUUCGUCUCGAAAUACAUAG